AUGUGGAAGAGAGGGAAUUUUGCCAGAUUAUUCCAAGGUUUUGCGGUCCUUCUUCAUUACGCAAUUGUGCUGGUGGGCUUAACUGGUGUUUUUGGGGUUGGAGCGCUGUAUCUUCUCCUCCUAAAUCCACAAAUUUGGCCUCUUUUGGCGUUAUAUUUGGCGUGGGUGUUCGUAGAUUGGAGGACCCCUAGACAAGGUGGAAGAAAAGCCGCUGUCAUUAAUUUCAUUGGCGCCCUGUUUCCGUUCAGAUGUAUGCGAGAUUACUACCCCAUAACACUUGUGAAAACAGCUGACCUCGAUCCCGAAAGGAACUAUAUUUUUGGUUAUCAUCCUCAUGGAUUUAUGCCCGAUGGGUUGAUGAUCAGUUUUGGCACAAACCAGCUUGGUUUUGAACAAAAGUUCCCUGGCAUCUCACCGUAUAUUGGCAGCCAUUCCAGUAGGUUUUAUAUUCUUUGUAAAACUGCGACCACAUUAACCCUUCAAGCCAUACAAUUUUCACCAGACUGGUCUCUAUACACAUAUAUUUCAUAUGAAUUUCAUUUAAGGAUAUUGUAAAUAUCAUCUCAUAAUACAAUAUAAAUCAUUUAUAACAUAAUGCCUAAAGGCAGUACAUUGCAGGUAUGUCAUUAACAAAACAUAACAAACGGUCAGUGUAAAACACAGACUGCAGACUGCGGACCAGGGGUAAAAUGCAGACUGAGAGUAAAACGCAGGCUGGGGUAAAAUGCAGACCGAGCAGUAACUGUAGUCGUGGAAGGGUUUAAGGGCAAAAAAAUCCCACAAAUACAGGUAAACGAACACUUACUUGACGACAUCUGCUUUCACAAAUCCAUUCCUUUCUUCUCUGGAACGUCAUCAACGACCUGAAAACAUAAUCGCAAUCUUGAACCUUUUUUUCCGUCCAAGAGACUUCAUGCUUCAACUUUAGAUGCGAAGUUUUCGAUAUACGUGACCAGAGACCGUGAAGUGGUACAACACCACGAUGUUUACGCUUAAAUGAAAGCUGCUGACCCAAAAUACUGUACAGGAAGAAUUAUGGCGAUAAAAAAGGGAAUGAAUCAUUCCAACAACAAAGAAAGAUGUUCUUGCAGGAAAUUUGGAUGACCUUCUACAAAAAUAUUGCAAAUCAAGGUAUGCAGACUCAGGCUGUUCGGAUGUUCAUUGAAACUUCUGGCAAAUGUGCAAUGCACUUCGACUAGGAAGCGAAGUGUGUAACUCAUACCGGCUAGCUCUUUCACCGAUUUGGAGAAGAAGGAGCACAAAUGUUUAAAAAAGUCUACAGUCUUUAUUCUGCAUUUUGCACCCAACCUACGUUUUACUCUCAGUCAGCAGUCUGCAUUUUACACUCAGUCUGCAUUUUACCCUUGGUCCGCAGUCUGCAGUGUGCGUUUUACACUGACCGCAUAACAAACAAACUCAUAGUCAGUUCUCUGAAAUGCCAUUUCAAAGUUGAUACACUUUUACAGCAACUCCACUGAUAAGAACCGAACUUAAAUUUUAGCCUUAAUAAGUUCUUAUGUGGAGGGGGCUUAAAUUGAAAAUUUUGGCUUAACAGGUUCUUAAAACCCAGGUUCCUAUACGCGGGGUUUUACUGUAUUUGUUACUCCCCCCUGAAUGGGAUGCUAGCCCAUCGCAAGGUUACCCCCGAGCAGUAUGUCACCAGUACCCAUUUAUACACCUGGGCCCAGUUGUUUGAAGGCCGAUUAGUGCUAACCCAGAGUUAAAUUUUAACCCGGUUUUCUUUUUCUUUUGUUCAAAAGUAUUUUCCAGGCCAGGGUAAUUUCCUCUCUUCUUUUUAGAGCAUCCAAUCAUCAAAUUGUUGGCAGAAAGAAUAAAACUGAAUUUGCUUCUCAAGCUUUCAUAUCUGAAAUCAAAUUUCGCACUAACCCUAGGUUAACUUAACCCUUCUUUGAACAACCCGGCCCUGGGUGAUGAGGGACAAUGUGGAGUAAAGUUCCUUGUUUACAGCAACCACGCAACGGGUGAGGCUUAAUAAUUGAACUUUGGACCUCCAGAUCCAGAGUUCGAGGUGUUAACCGCUCGGUCAGACACUCGUCCUUUUUAAUGUAAACUGAACAGAAAAUGUUUGCAGCUGCUAGGAUGAUCCACCUUCUGGGAUCUUUCUUCCUCCAUGUAAACAGUUCCUGUGUCUUCAGUACAACAUUGUUAAACUGAAGUAAAAUGACAUUUUAAGUUAGUCUUAAGAUUACGCAAUAUGCUACACCACCAUCGUGGGGAGGAGCAUUGCCUGUGUAGCAGACUAAAGAUUACGUAGCCAGUAGAAAGGCAAAGUUAUUAAUAAAUCCACAGAAGAAUUACAUUCUUUUUUGAUCCAUCCAGCGUUUUUUAUAGCACCACUAUAUCAUGAGAUUGCAAUGGGGCUAAGACUUGUUGAUGCAGGAUCAGAGAGUUGUAGAUACAUACUAACCCAGAUGGGUGCAGGACACUCUAUUGCAUUAGUACCUGGAGGAGCUGCCGAGAUGCUGGAUUCCUGCUUAGGAGAUUACAUUCUUACUCUUAACAGACGCAAGCAAUUCAUCAAGAUGGCUUUGGAGACAGGGUACUGUAAUGUCCACCAUUCAUAUUUUAUCUAUUUUCAUUUGGUGAAUUGAUUAACUCAUUUUACUUGCUUGAAUUAAGAAAUCCCCCAGGGCAUUGAUACAUGUUCUAGAGCAUUAAUGUUUUGGUUCUAGAAAUUAUCCUUGUUAGAAGAGUCUUCAAGGCUUAAUUUGUGUUAAAAGUUAAGUACGGUAGUGGAAGCCCAGACUCUUAAAGACACUCUUGUAGGCAGACAGCUGUACUUGCUUACAGCCACCUAUUCAACUCCCAUACAAACUCUUCAUUUUUACAUUCUCAUAUAAGCGGAUAUUCCUGCAGGUGGCCACAGACACACUUCCACUUACAAGGGCUUUCACUGUUCGAAUUUUAACUGGAAUUUCUAGGAGGGUACUGAAAAGGGAUCAGAGGGUGAUGAAACAAUGAUUAAACCCUUCCCAGGGAUAACGAUAAGUGAUGCAUGUGCAUGAAAUAAUCUGCAAUAAUAAAAUGUAGGAACAUUAAAUUUUGUAAUAUUCACUCUGGGAAAACACACACAAAAGCUAACAGCAAGGCACUUCCAAACAUUCUCAGCGUGGUCCAGGAGAAUACACAGCAUACCCACAGACCUUGUCCCUCAGUUUAAACAGCAGCCUCCAUGGUAAUUCAGUCAGUUCUAGUAAUGUUUAGGUCUUGGUAACCUAGCUAGCAGUUCUCGCCCCACCCUCCUUCCCGCAGCAAUGGAUCAUUCUCUCCUGGUCUACUGACUUGCAAAGCUCCAAGCCGAUUCUCCCAUAUCUUAUGCAUUUAGUCUCAUUUUACUUUGUGUGUAGCUGUUUUGGGUGAGAAUAUACAUAAUUUACUAUUUUUCUAAUUAUGAUGAAGUGUUUUUGCUCAUUACAGAUCAUCUCUCGUUCCUGUGUUUGGAUUUGGACAAAAUGAUAGUUUCAAAAUUCCAUCUUUCGCCAACUAUGAAUGGCUGAAGAACUAUAAGAGCUCAAAUACAUCACUCCUGAAGAAAUGGUCAAAGCUAAUGAUCAAAGGAAUAGUGAUUUCAUUUUCUGGAAAAUACAUUCCAGGUCUUCCACAUAACAAUCCAAUUACAGUUGUAGGUAAGAUUUUUAAUUUUAACAGUACUUUAUGACAUUUACUGAGAAUUUGAAACUUGGACAUUAUGUCUAUGGAUGUCAUUUACGACUUGACUUAUGUCCAGCAAAUAUUUCUUUUGGAUAGAGUAAAUUAUUUCUAUUUUUGCCGUUAAUACCCUCUUACUAUCAAUGGUGGCCUAGUUAGCUAGGUUCUCCAGAAGCUCUGGCGACGAGCAAAGGUGAAAAUCAUCUUCCAGUCAACACAGAGGCUCUAGCGUCUCACAUAAGUGUGACACAAUAAAUCCAUCAUAUUUCAUUUUAUUUUGUUUCCCAACACUUUUGUUCGAUAAGAACAAACAUAUGAUAUAUAUGUCAAAUAAUGUGGGUAAUAAAAUGUGUCAUCAUUGUGGCCAAAAUUUCUUUCCUAUAAAACAUGCCCUGAAAUGCACUUUUCAGGAAAUUUCCCAGGGGGCCACAGAGUCCGACAAUUAAGAAGCGGGGAGGGGGUUGUCCCCCUCUUAUACUACCCCUAGAAACAGCUGUGUGACAUUAAAGAAGUGCCUUAUCAUCUAAUCGGUUGCUACCUACGAAUUAAAUUUUUUUGUCCUUCUACUUCAAACUUUCUGGGGAACAGUCUCUUAAUAUCUAACCCUUUGGCUCUGAGCCCUUUAACUAAAUUUAAAUUCUCCUUUGUUGUCCCCAUACGUUUUCAAUAAAAAAAGUGGGAAGAAUUUGUAUUCAUUUAUUAGAUUCAACUUCUGUGAUCAUGUCCUCAAUUCUCAUGACUGCUUUGUUUAAGCAUAGAUAUUACGAGCCUUAGGAGAAAUUUUAUGUUGAUCACUCUUUAGGGCUUACAGGGUAAUAUCUCUUUCUUUGUCUUCAGUUGGUUCACCAAUACAUGUAAAGCAAGUCACCAGUCCAAGUGAUGAACAGAUAGACCAACUUCAUACUCAGUACUCAAUGGAAAUAAGAAGAUUGUUUGAAAAUAAUCGAAACAAGUAUGGCGUACCCAGUGAAACCAAACUUAUCAUUCAAUAG